CUUCACGUUGGCUUGUUUACAAUACAAGAUUUUUCACCCUAGUUUGCAAUUUUAUUUAUGUUCUAAACUCAAGUACACAUUUGAAAUAUUCUCAGAUCCGUUAGUUGGGCUACAUAGACAUCUAAUGUAACUCCAAUUUAUAAGAAAGACUCAAACUUAAUAAUUAGUAAUCGGCCAAUUUUGCUAUUAUCAAAUGUCAACAAAUUUUUUGAAAAAGCACUUAAAAAAUGUCUUAAUAAAUUUCAGUUUGGAUUUAGAGAAUGUCAUAGCACAAAACACGCAUUAAUAGCUACAGAUAACUGAAAAGAUCAGAAACAGCGACAGUGGUGGUGAGUAUGGAUGCGGGGUGUUUAUAUAGAUCUCCAAAAAUCCUUUGACACAGUCAAACACGGCAUCCUACUAAAAAAACUUAACCACUAUGGAGUUAGAGAUCAAAAAAUGAAAACUGAAAGUAUUGAGUUUAUUUCAUCCCUGCAGAAGAACACAUCACAUAUUAGAAAUAUAUGUAUCCUGGCUCAUGUUGAUCAUGGAAAGACAACUUUAGCAGAUUGUCUGAUAGCAAGCAAUGGCAUCAUAUCAAGUAGGCUUGCUGGAAAGCUCAGAUACAUGGAUAGUCGAGAAGACGAGCAGAAGAGAGGCAUUACCAUGAAAUCAAGUGCAAUUUCACUUUUUUAUAAUUUAGAUCUUAAGAACUACUUGAUCAACUUGAUAGAUUCACCAGGACAUAUCGACUUUUCUAGUGAGGUAUCCACAGCUGUAAGGUUGUGUGAUGGUGCACUUGUUGUUGUUGACGUAGUGGAAGGUGUCUGUCCUCAGACUAAUGCAGUUUUAAGACAAGCCUGGCUAGAAGGUAUAAAACCUUGCUUAGUCUUGAACAAAGUGGAUCGUUUGAUCACAGAAUUAAGAAUGUCUCCCAUCGAAGCAUAUUAUCAUUUGCAGAAGAUCAUGGAGCAGGUGAAUGCAGUGACUGGUAAUCUGUUCAGUGCCCAAGUAAUGGAGCAAUCUACUAAAGAUGAAAAUAAAGAGAAUAUUACCUUAAAUGAAGGGGAAUCUCAGGUGUUUGACUGGAGUUCUGGACUAGAUGAAGCAGAUGAUGAAAACAUAUAUUUCUCUCCUGCACAAGGAAAUGUCGUAUUUGCUAGCGCUAUUGAUGGCUGGGCAUUUGGAAUUGACACAUUCGCAAAACUGUAUUCUGAAAAGCUAGGCAUUUCUUCAAACAUUCUACUGAAAACGCUUUGGGGCGAUUACUUUCUAAACUUGAAAGCAAAGAAGAUAUUUAAAGGCGCACACGUGAAGGGGAAGAAACCACUGUUUGUUCAGUUUAUUUUGCAGAACAUAUGGGAUGUCUACGAAGCUGUGUUGUUAAACAGGGAUAAGGAGAAAAUUGAUAAAAUUGUUGCUAGUUUAAAAUUAAAAAUUUCAGCACGUGAUUCAAAGUAUACAGAUUAUCGAAUACACUUGCACGCCAUCUUGCGACAGUGGUUGCCUUUAUCAGAUGCUUUGUUGGGUAUGGUUUGCAAAGUACUGCCCAGUCCCCUUGAUAUGAAGGAAGAAAGGGUGAAAAACUUGAUGUGUAGUGGAUUUAAAAAGUUUGAAUCUUUCAGCUCCGAAACACAACAACUAAAAUCAGAUUUUUUGAAAUGUUCUUCAGCUGACGAAGCACCUGUCAUUGUAUUUGUUUCAAAAAUGUUAUCAGUUCCAACCAGUGUAUUGCCACACAAUAGAGCAAGACCUCUAACGAAAGAAGAAUUAACAGCUCGUCAUGAAGCUGUGAAGCAAAAAAUCGCGGAGCGUGAGACACAUAAUGAAAACUCCACCGGAGAUGAUGUAGACCAAGUGACAAAUACAAAUGCAGCUGACACUUGUGAGGAAGCGACCCCUACGGUGGAAGCUACCAAGGAUGGCGAAACCUUUAUAGCGUUUGCACGAAUAUUUAGUGGCACGUUAAAAAAGGGAAGCUCGCUUUAUGUGUUAGGUCCAAAAUAUGAUCCCUCGAAUGAACUCGAAGAAGUGUCAUCGAUGACUAAUGGAGAGAAUGCAAAUGAUUUGGGCAACCAGCUUCUUGAUAAACACAUGUCAAGGUGCAAGAUAGAAGAUCUUUAUUUAAUGAUGGGUCGAGAAUUUGAGUUGUUUGAUGAAGUUCCAGCUGGAAAUAUAUUAGGUAUAAACGGUUUAGGCGAUCAUGUUUUAAAAUCUGCAACAGUCAGCACUUCUUUAGCUUGUCCACCAUUUACGCCGAUGCAUUUAGAAGCUAUGCCAAUAGUCCGCGUGGCUGUGGAACCGAAGCAACCAAGUCAGCUACAAUUUCUUAUAAGUGGUAUGAAACUGUUGAACCAAGCGGACCCGUGUGUGCAAGUGUUAUUGCAAGAAUCAGGGGAAUACAUAAUAGUGGCUGCAGGCGAGGUACAUUUGCAAAGAUGUUUGGACGAUUUACGCCAACGAUACGCAAAGAUACAAAUACGCGUAUCAGAUCCUAUCGUGCCGUUCCGUGAAACAAUCGUUGCGCCCCCUAAAGUCGAUAUGGUUAAUGAAGAAAUAACCGAAGAGAAUAAAGUCACUGCGCAUUACACACAAAGGCUGCCAGCAUUUAUGUUAAAAGAGAUAAAUGUUUUUAGUGAUACUAUUCACAAAGGAGGAGAACUUGCCACCGUUUCACAAGACAAUGGAGAACAGGCAAACGCAGAUGGCGGUACGGAGAGGUUGACAAAAACACAGCUCUCUGAACUUCGUAAAAGCAACAAGAUAAAAGAGAAAUUAGGACUAAUCGAAGCGCUGACAUCCAACAAACAGUAUUGUAUUUGUUUACACGCGAAACCAAUUCCUCGAGAUGUGAUUGGUUGUUUAGAAUCGAACGCGCAUUUGUUGAAAAUUCUUCAAAAAAUUGCCAACGAAAACUCAGCGGACGAGAAACAGAAACUGUUAAAUAAUUUAACGUCGACUACCAGAAAUGAGAUACAAAAAUUUUACGACAACUUAAAGACGUUGUUCGCUGCGUCUGGAAAGCUAUGGAAGGGGGCUGCGGAUAAGAUUUGGUCCAUGGGUCCGAAGGGAACGAAUAAUAACUUGUUAUUGAACAACAUAAAAGAUUACAAUCGAACUAAUAUAUGGCAGGGAAUAAUAAACUCAUCUAAUGCUGAUAACACAUUAAGAGAAUUUGAUAAUAGCAUUGUUAGUGGUUUUCAAGUGGCUGUCCAGGCGGGCCCGAUGUGUGAGGAACCUAUGAUGGGAGUAGCCUUUUUUGUGGAAGAGUGGAACAUUUUAGAAAAAGUUAGUUCCGAUGAAACGUAUGCUCCACUUUCUGGUCAGUACAUAUCAGCGGUGAGAGAAGGGUGUCGAUGUGCUGUGAUGGCACAACCCAUGCGUCUUAUGGCGGCUAUGUAUAGUUGCGAGAUUCAAGCUACUUCAGACGUGCUCGGGAAAAUGUAUGGCGUGCUUGGCAAGCGAGAAGGCAAAAUCUUAAGCGAAGAUUUAAAAGAAGGUUCGGAUAUUUUCCAAAUCAAUGCUGAAUUGCCGGUCGCCGAAAGCUUUGGGUUUGCUGAAGAGAUACGCAAAAAGACAAGCGGAUUGGCCAGUCCGCAAUUAGUGUUUAAUAGAUGGGAGGUGAUUGACGUUGAUCCGUUCUGGAUCCCAAUAACGGAAGAGGAAUACGAGUUAUAUGGUGAAAAAGCUGACAGUGAAAAUCUAGCUUUAAAGUAUGUCAAUAGUGUACGAAAACGUAAGGGUCUAUACAUCGAGAAAAAAACUGUGGAAUUCGCUGAAAAGCAAAGAACACUGAAAAAGAAUAAAUAAGUAAAUCAAUCAAUUAAAACUAAAUAUAAAAUUGUAUUGUUUUGUUUUCUAAACCGGUUGUAUCAUCCCACAGUAAAUCAGAAAGUAAAAUGUUUGUGAUUUUUGUUU